AUGUCUAUAACUAAACCAAGGAAAGAGGAUGUCGAAGCAGAGUGGUACACUAGCUUGAAGAGACCAUUCCUCUAUCCUCCACGAUGGAUGUUUAGCCCCUUGUGGGCUUCGGUUAAUGUUGCCGUUGGAUAUUCAUCUUACCUUGUUUGGAGAGAUGGAGAUGAAGAUGCUACGCGUGCUUUAAUGGCUUAUGGUGGCUCUUUAGUUUCUAUUGCAAUAUGGCCUAUUAUUGUCUUCCGGACAAGGAGUCUAGGCCUAGCGACAGUGGACAGCCUAGCUGGAACUGCUUUUGCCGCGACCUAUCAUUCCCUUUUCGCACAUAUCAAUCGUACUGCCGGCCAGCUCUCGUCUAUAGGUCUUCUUUGGGCUCUGUACUGUUCUUAUGUUUCUUUCUCAUUAUGGCGUGACCAAUCCAAAAAGCGUCAAUAG